AAAAAUUUAAACAACCAUUAGUAUAAAGUUUAAGAUGGAUAUCUAGGUGAAAUACGAAAAUGAAUAAACAACAUUUAUUGGAGUGCAGUCAUAUGAAGAUCUAUUACAAGAAAUCUAAUAAAAGUAUCCUGUCUUGAUGAAUAUUGAAUUGUGUUAUUUAGAUGAGGAAGGAGACACAAUUCAAGUCUCAAAUACCAGUGACAUAAUAGCAAUAGUAAUAGUAUUAGGAAUAAUUAAUAGACAGAUUUUUCUAGAGUGAUUCUUUAAAUGGAAGCAUAAAUUGAUUAAUAGAAAGUUUAAGAAUUAGAGAGAGCCAGAAAAAUAGAAGAAUUAAAAUAGAAACGACUUGAGGAAUAAAGGAGAAAAAAGUUAGAAGUAAAUUAAUGGAUAAUAAUGAUUAGGAAAUACAAAAAGAAAUGAAUAAAAUUUAAGAGUUAAAUCAAGAGAAAUUCUUUAUUGAAAAUUAGAUUGGACAUUAAAUUGAAGAACUUAGAAAUCGAUAGGAGUAAAUGAGGGAUUUUAAAGUUUAGCCCUUGGCUGAUUUUCAGCAAGUUUUUUAUGAAUCAAAUUUAUUUGAUUUAGUAAGAGAGAAAGAGUCUGAAUUAUUGUUAUUAGAAGUAUAUAUAUUUAUAUGUUUUAGGAGAAGAAAGGAUUUGAUACUUAAUUAAAGACAAUCUAGAAAGAAGUAUAGGAUGCAUUUGAGAAGCUGUUUACAAGAAGAGCUCUAUAACAUUAAGAAAAUUAUGCUAAAUACCUUGAUAACAAACAAAAGAUGAAUAAUAUUAACUAAUAAAUUUAGUAAUUGAAUAAUGAGAGAUAAGAUAAACUAUUAAAAUUGGAUGAGAGACUGAACAGACUAAAAGAAAAUGUGUCAAAAAUGAGAGCAGAAUUAAAUCUACCAUAAGAGAAUAAUGAUAAAUUUUGAU